AUGGUAGUGAAAAGGAAGUCAAAAGAGGAAGUUGUAAGAUCGGUUAGCAUAACAGACUACUUUAAAAGUAAUGGAGAUGGCAUUAAAAAGACAAAAUUGAAAGGAGAAGUAACUAUUAAGGAAGUUGAAAUAGAAGAUGCCAAACAUGGAAAGAAUGAGAAUGAGACUGACAAUACUAAUACAGAACAAUCUGAAAACGAAGAACAACAGGAAGAAGAUUAUUCGUCAAUUUGUCAGUUGUAUAACUUCAAUAAAGAGAAAUGGAUAGCGUCAUUAACAUUAGAACAACAAGACUUGCUUCAGUUAGAGAUUCGAUAUUUACAUAUAAGUUGGUUAGCAGCUCUUCAUAAAGAAUUGACUAAACCAUACUUUAUAAACUUAAAGAAGUUCUUACAAUCGCAAUUCAAAGAUAAAAGUAAAACGAUAUUUCCUCCUACUAAUCAAAUCUAUUCAUGGUCAAGUUUGACACCCCUUAAUAAAAUUAAAUGUAUAAUAUUAGGACAAGAUCCAUAUCAUAAUCAUAAUCAAGCUCAUGGAUUGGCAUUUUCAGUAUUAGAUACCACACCUCCUCCGCCUUCAUUGAUCAAUAUCUAUAAAACCUUAAAAGUUGAUUAUCCUCAAUUUGAAAUACCUAAUUUAAGUCGAUCUAAACCAGGAGGAGGUAAUUUAAAUAAAUGGGCCGAUCGAGGAGUAUUGAUGUUAAAUGCAGUUUUAACAGUCGAAUGUCAUAAGGCUAAUAGUCAUGCUAAAAAGGGAUGGGAGAUAUUUACCGAAGAGAUCAUUAAAGUUGCCAUUGAUUUCUAUGAAUCAAAGCAAGUAGAUUCAACCAUAAUUACCAGUAAUAAUGGUAGUAAAGGAUUUGUUAUUAUGGCAUGGGGUAACCCUGCCCAAAAGAGAAUUGCCAAUUUCAAACCAAGAUUACAAUUAGAAAUCAAUUGUGAUAAAUUUUUAAUCCUUGAAACUGUCCAUCCAUCUCCAUUAUCAGCAUCACGAGGAUUCUUUACUCUGAAGGUUUUCAAACAAUGUAAUGAUUGGCUACAUCUGACGAAACAGAAUAAGAUCGAUUGGGGGUUAUUAGACGGAAAUGUAGUUUUAUAA